CGCCGCUCUGGCGGGACAGGGGCGAAUAAAGUUUAAUUCGGGGAGGGGGAAGCCGCCCGUCCUCUCCAGCAGAAACGGGCUGCUGGAUGUAGAAGGAAAGUAGGUCGUGCGCACGGAAAAUGCCUCUAAGGGACAAGUGUUGUCAGACUGACCACCAUCACCAUGGAUGCUGUGAACCAGUGCGUCUCUUGGAACCUGGUGAUCCUCCGUUAUUGCAGCAGCCUCUGCAAACAUCAAAAUCUGGUAUUCAGCAAAUCAUUGAGUGUUUUCGAUCAGGAACGAAACAACUUAAACAUAUCUUGUUAAGAGAUGUGGACACCAUUUUUGAGUGUAAAUUGUGCCGGAGUCUCUUCAGAGGAUUACCAAAUUUAAUUACUCAUAAAAAGUUUUAUUGUCCUCCAAGUCUUCAGAUGGAUGAUAACCUCCCAGAUACAAAAGAUAAGCAGAGUCAAGCCAUAAAUGACCUUCUUGAAGCAAUCUAUCCAAGGGUAGAUAAGCAAGAAUAUAUCAUCACGUUGGAACCUAUAGAAACCAAUCAAAAUGCUGUGUUUCAAUAUGUGUCAAGGACUGAUAGCCCAGACGAGAACACAGAAAGUAGCCAUACCCCUGAUCAAGCUCCAGUACAAAUCCAGGAACCCAGCACUGAGCAGCCCAAGACUGUUUCAGCUCCAGCCCUGGUCCCAGCUGGGGAUACUGUAGAAUUACCUCCUGCUGAUCCUGUUACAAACAAGGUGAUAUCUACUCCCGACGAACAGCCACCAGCAGUAAAUCCUGACUUGGACUCUCUGGAUAAUUCUGAUUAUGGCCACCAGUUGAUUUGUUGCCUCUGUAGGAAGGAAUUUCAUUCAAGACGCAGUGUACGCCGGCACAUUCGAAAAGUACACAAAAAAAAGAUGGAAGAACUAAAGAAGUAUAUAGAAACAAAAAAGAAAACAAACCAGUGCUCUGCAAGAGGACGAAAUAAGAAUGUUCUUGUCACAUUAGGUAGAAGUUGUCCUGUGUGUUAUAAAUCAUUUGCCACAAAAGCCAAUGUAAGGAGGCAUUUUGAUGAAGUUCAUAGAGGAUUAAGAAGGGAUUCCAUUACUCCUGAUAUAGCUACAAAGCCUGGGCAACCUUUGUUCUUGGAUACAGUUUCUCCUAAAAAAUCUCUUAAGACCAGAAAACAAAAGUCGUCUUCAAAGGCUGAAUACAAUUUAAGUGCAUGCAAAUGCCUUCUGUGCAAGAGAAAGUAUAGUUCACAGAUAAUGCUGAAAAGGCAUAUGCAAAUUGUUCACAAGAUAACUCUUUCUGGAAAGAACUCUAAAAGAGAGAAAGGACCCAACAAUACUACCAAUGGCACAGAAAUACAAGUUGAACCAGCAGAUUCUGUAGAACCUUCACCCCCUUCCAUUGUGCUUUCUCCACAGAAUGAAUUAAAGGGAACAAAUCAUCAAAAUGAGAAAAAGAACACACCGUCAGCACAAAAAAAUAAGGUUAAACAGGACCCUGAAAACCCUAAAUCAACUUCUAAAUCAACCACUAAAUCAACCUGCAAAUCAACCACUAAAUCAACCCCUAAAUCAACCAAUGCAUCUGCUGCAGGUGGCCAGCAAAAGGCCAGGAAGCCAAAACUUUCAGCUGGCUUUGACUUCAAGCAGCUUUACUGUAAACUCUGUAAGCGCCAAUUUACGUCUAAACAGAAUUUAACAAAGCACAUUGAAUUACACACAGAUGGAAAUAAUAUUUAUGUUAAGUACUACAGGUGUCCACUCUGCUCUUACGAAACGCGUCGCAAGCGCGAUGUGAUCCGACACAUAACUGUGGUUCAUAAAAAGUCACCGCGCUACCUUGGGAAAAUAACGGCGAGUUUGGAAAUAAGAGCAAUAAAGAAGCCAAUUGAUCUUGUUCUAAAUAAGGUGACAAAAAGAGGCUCUCAGAAGGAUGAAACAAAACAGAUUGGUUCAAAACAGGAUGUCACCUCUAAUUCUCCCAAUAAAAAGUAUGAAGGAGCUGAUGUUGGCAUUGAAGUAAAAGUAACAAAAAACUUUUCUCUGCACCGAUGCAAUAAAUGUGGGAAAGCAUUUGCCAGAAAAGCUUUUCUAGAACAUCAUAAGAAAACCCACAAAGCAAACGUAUCUCAUUCACCUGAAGAAAGUAAAACCAAAGGCAGAAGUACAAGAUCUAAAGCUCUUGUCUGCCUUGAAUUUGGUUUGACCUACUGCAGCAAGGAUCUUUGGUGUGUCUUCCACAGCCCAUUUUGUAUCAGCUCUGGAACUGUGUGUGUCAUCUGGCUUGGGAAUAUAUUUGCUGUGACUACACUUGCCAUGGGGUUUGCCAAGCUAAACAGAAACUGGCAAAAGCCUUCUCCAUCCUGUGUCCAAAACAAACAGCCUGCUGUGCUAGUUCAUGGGAUACAGCUGUAUUGCAUGGAGAAACCUGGACCCAAGUGGACCUCCUUCUGGAAAUCUUCUAAAGAAUAUGGAUGUGCUGUACACCAGCACAAGCUUGCUUCAAUUUCAGAUUCCUCUGUGGAAGGUGUUGUGCAAGAUUUUCAUGGCCCCUGUGGGCUUGCAGGAAGAAAAACUCAUCUGCUGAAUCCGGGUAAAACCCUGUUUCCAAUUAAGUUUUGUGUCGAUAUUUCCUUUCCCCAGACUAUGUGAGGCUGCAGAGCUCCUCUAUUUCAGCUGUGUGAGUACCAAUAUAUCUGUGCUGGCAGUGAUCUAGAUUAGGCAGAGGCUGGAUUUAGGUGGAAGGGAUCAGAUAAGAUGCCCACACUGGCACAGACACUUAUGGCUGUGUAAUCAGAGCACACACAGCCCACCUGUGUGACCCAAUACCUGCUGAGACCCUCCAGCUGGACUGUGCUCCUGCACUGAGAGGCUGGGUGUGCCCAUGCAUGGGCCUGGGUGCUGGUGUGAGACUCUGCUUUCCUCCUCCUUCCCAAGCUCUGGAGGAGAGGCAGCCCCUUUACAUGAAGAGGCAGAGAAACCAAAGCUCAGAGCAGGAGCAUCUGAGCUGUCUGUUCCGAGGUUAUGGAGAAGGGGCACUCUGAGGGCAGUGAGGUCUAGUCUAAAGAAAAUACACCCUUGUCAGUCUCCUGAGACUCCCUCUGUCAUCACUGGAGAGAGACUGUGACAUAUAUAAGUCCAUGAACCGCCUUUUUAAAGUCACCUGUUUCAGGAUGAAGUGGGUUGGUGUUUAUAUGCCUAAUCCAAUGGGGCAUGUGAAUCUUGGCUCCUGGGCGUCCUGGAGGAUCACUUGUGAGCUCCAAAACUUGUCACAAAUCAUUCAGCUUAAUGAUAAAUACAUUUAGCAUCUCAUCACCUGUGACCUACAAACCCCAGCCUGAAAACCACUGGUGUAACCAACACAUGUUAGUUAGAUGUUGUGAAACCUGUUAUUUUGUAAUAUGGACAAGCUCAUUCAAUGUGUGCUAAAGCUACUGAAGUUUGUUUUUGCUCAUUGCUUCAUGUGUUUGAAAUUUCAAACAAGAGUCUGUGCUACGGUUUUAAAAGAUUGUUAAGUAAUAAAGAUGCAUUACCAUGCUUAACAUAUUUUAAUCCAAUCUCACUGCAUUUUAAAAUGAGCAUGAAGCAUUGCAUGUUGCAGUACUAAUUUUGUAGCAGUGCAACUUCAGAUUUUAGUGAGUACAGUUUACACUUAUACUGGAAUACAGUACAAGUGCAGGAAAGAAAAGUAAUUUUUAAGUCUUUGACUCAUAAAUCCAUUGAAAUAAUAUGAUCUGUUGAUCAACAAACUAGUGUUUUUAUACCACUAUGUACUGUUUAUAUUAUUUUCCCCCUGAUAUUAGGAAAUAGAAGUGGAAGAAGUGAUUUUCUGCCAUUUCUUCUAUGAGCUCUCAUCCAACACUUAGCAAUAGUGCUUAUGUGGAUUUAUCUCACAAACAAAUUAGUGAUAUUUUAAAACAUCCGUUUUAAUUUUUUUCUGAUUUAAAAUAAGUACAAGAUUCAAAAUUUUUCUGUGAAGCAAAAGUAAUGAAAAGAGAUGUUAGGGACACCUCAAUGCUUAAUCAUUACAGGAUAAAAUAUCUCUCCUGGCCUGAAACUGAUUUAAAUCUGUGUUAUUUUCUCAAUGUUUAUGCAGCAUUCCUGCAACUGAAGGGAACUGGGGCAUUAUCACUACAGCCUCCUGAGCUGCUUGAGCAAAAAACAGAAUAUCACCCCCAGCUAGCACAUCUGUUUGGGCCCUUUCUUGAACACACUCUCUGCCCCAGGGGGUGUUUUUUGACCUGGAGCAGGAAACUGCACAAGAGAGGGAGAAAAGAUGUGUAGAAAAAGUAAUUUAGCGCAACAGGAUCAGAUCCAUGGCGUGGGCACUGGGGCCCUGUGUCCACACUGUCCUUGCUCCAGGGGUGUCUCCUGGGACAAGGACUGCUCUGGCGGUGAGCUCUGGCUGCCCAGUGGAGCUGGGGCACAGUUUGUGUUCUGGCUUCAUCGGGGGCUGAUCCUGUUGGUUUGGUCCAGGACAGCUCUGUGGUCCAAUCCCAGUGGUGAAAAAGAGGCAUCGAAAUAACAGUCCUAAGCUAGGAUGCAAACAUAGACGUGUGCAGUGAAAGUCAUCCUGAAGAGUGUUUGAAAUUAGGGCAGUUUCUUGAUGUCAGGGAGUGCUGGUUCCAAUCAUUGGUGCAAGGAGUCAGGAAAAGGAUGCCUUCAUGGCAAAUGGAUAGCAUAGCUACAGGGUUGGAGCUCCCAUCAGUUUCUCCUCUAAAUCCAGCCCUUUAUUUUUAAAUUUCCUUUUUGAAAGUGUGGAAUUCAAACUAAAAAACCAAAACAAACCAAGAAACAACCCAAACCAACAAAACAAAUAACCAAGCAAUGUAAUAGCACUUAGGGUAAAAAAAAAAAAAAAAAAAGAACAGAUAUAAGUUGUCUGAUCCUCAUUUAUUUUAUGUUUAUGUCAUUCAUUGCUUAUUUCAUCUUCCUUCAAAUGUUUGAGCGUUUCUAAUUUAGUCUGCCAAAUAAGAUUUAGACUAUGGACUUUCCAACUAGAUCAUUGUCAGUCUAAAUACAAAGAUAUGAAAUACAUCUCUAAAUACAGAGAUGUUCCCAGAGGAAUAUUUUAUUUCUUGAAAGCUCUUGGGUGGAUACUUGAAUUAAUUCUUCUACUGAGGGAAAGGGCUUCAGUUUGAGUUCAAAAGCCUUUUUCCUCAGUUUUACCUGUUUUACUGGGCAAUGGGCACACAUAUUUUCGUAGUAACACUUUGUGGGCAUUUAGAGUUAAUACUGAGGGAAAACACAAGGCAAUGUGGGAGAAGCAGCUACAGUCAUUAAUAAAUACACACAUUUUUUGGUCAAGUUUUACAAGUAUAGUUGUAGUAGUUGUAUUUCACACUCAAAACAGCUCUAUGCCAUUCCUGAGUUGCCCAAUGAGACCAGUAAGAUAGGAUUUAAGAGCUGGAAAUGCUUCUGCUGCAGAAGCAUCAUCAGUGUCUGGUAAAAUACUCACCUAAUUAUACCAUUAGUGGUUACCUGUCUUCAGAUCAGUUAAGCAAUGAAGCACAGGAAAAUAAAUCAUUAACCUUAAUACCAAUGACAUGACUAAAUAGCUUUUAGAUGUCCUAGGUUAUUUUUUAAUACAAUAAAAUGCUGCUAUCAUAAGAGUACAUUACAAUGGGUCUUUCUUGGUUGAACUACUACCACUCAUUGUUUUGCACUUUACUUACAGUUUAAACAAUGAAGGGUUUUAUUAAGAUGACCUAUCAUUGACAAAUUAAUUUAAUUCCCAAACUAGAGAUGCAGAGAAGAACUCUGGAUGAAUGUUGUGUACACUUAAUCUUCCUCCCAACAGCCUUGAUAGGGAGUUUGUUGUUCCAGUUGCACAGAACCUAUAGCAAGGUUAUACACACAAGCUUUCUGAUCCUCCAGUCUAUUAAAAAAGUUCUACCUUCACUUUAUAAACACAAGAUCGAAUUGUGUACAUUAUUUACAGCUGGUAACCAUUAAAUGAAAUGUGAAACUUCUCCGUGAAACAUGCCAUGCAUCAUGCUAGCCUUUAAUUAGUUACAAAGUCUAGCUCUCUUAGAGCUUCAGUGCAGUCUUUCAGCCCUGGCCCUCAGGCCAAUACUGGGACAGUUUUCAAGACUGUAACCUCAAUCUGGCAUGGGCUAUAUCUAUCUUAACAACUCACAUGGGCCAGCACAGGUCUAUAGACCAAAAUAUUUGAUGCUGAUGAGUUGAUGUUCAUAUCACAUGUGGAUCACCUCAGAUUAGCUUGGUCUGCCAGCAAUUGUAACGCUUUGGGUGCAGUCCUGGAGUGCAGCUUCAGCUUCUGUCCUUCCUUGAGAGGAAUCCAGUCCAUGAGCCCUUAGACUGCUCUGUUACAUUAACCAAAGCACAUAAUAAGAAGGGACGGCUGCAAGGUUUACUUCAAAAGUGUGCUCAUGAUAAGGAGUUUGUGUUAACGUGAACUGCCCCCACAAAGUACCGUAUGAUUGUAAAAAGUCAUCAUGGGUGAAUCUUGAGCAGCAGCGUAACUAUGUCUUGUUCAUGUAAAGGUCAGCAAAAAACUGAACCCUGACUUUUUUUCAGAGGCAAUUAAUUAAAAUGCUUACUUAAUUUUGUGCCAAUUAAGUUUUAGGAAAAAAGUAGAAUUGUUUCCUUAUAAAUAUAUAACUUCUUAAUAAAUACAAUUUUUUGCUAAGUAUUUUCCACUUUUAAGUACUUGGCACAGAGUUGAUUGACUUCUUAAGACCAUUUUGACUAUUUGUCAGCAACUCACUGUGGGAAGGGUAGAGGAAGGAAUCAUUAAUGCUGGAGCAUUAGUUAGCACCAGAACAGGCACAAUGAGAAACUAGUCAUGAGCUGGUGGUGUGUGCUCUCAGACCCUGAGCUGCUGUCUGUCUGUCUGUCUGCACCUUCCCAUGUUCCAGUGGUGGACACACCUGGCUUUGAUCACCUACACUGCAGACAUUUACAUCUGAGCCACUUGUUUAGACUCUUUUUAUAGUUAUGGGGACAAAAAGACAUUUCUGAGGCGUGAUUUACGUGUUCUGUUUAGACAUCUAUGAUAAUAUCAGGUGACUCACUGCCUGGAAAGCAGCUAUUUCUUCCCAUUUCUGUAUUUUUCUUUUACACAGUGAACCUAGAGGAAUGUUUUAAAUACAGGAGUUUACAUCUUAGAUGUUUGAGAAUAUCUCCUGAAAAUCUGUGUAUUUUGCCCCAGAAAAGUCACCUCUGAGAACCCAAAAAUGUAUUUACACGAUUCUUACAGAACAGUUUCAAGAGGAAUUGGCUAAUAGGGCAGGCUCACACACCUACUCUGAUGGAUCUGGGCACACAAAGUGACACCAUAAUGUACCAAACAUCACCUUGUGAACUUACAUAUCCACUCAGAGAAUAACUUCAGGCCAGAUGCUGGGCUGGGUAUCUGUCUGCUGCCUGUAUGGACACUGUGUGGAAGCCGUGGCUUUGGGGGAAUUCUCAGAGCCUCAUCAAAAAUGCUCUCCCUGCUGCAGGGGGGUGGGUCUUGCAACAUUUAAACUUACAAUCACAUUUUAAAAAAGGGGAUUUUUUUGUUUCAAGUGAGUCUUCAUUCAUGAUUUUGACAAUUCCUAGAGCUACAAUUCUGCUGCUUCUGCAACAAGCCAUGAAAAGAAAUGGCUAUUCAAAGUAAUGCCUUGAGUUCUAGACAAUGGAUUAAUGAUUUGUUUUCCAGUUGUCUAAUAGGCAGUAUUAAAAGUAGAAUCAAAGUUUAUAACAAGUUUUGAGUAUUUUAUUUUAAUCUAGGGAGUAG